CGAGGCGGGGGGGUUUCAGUUAGAGACGCGAGCGGAGCGCGGCGGUAGCAGCGGCGGCGGCAGCGAGUUCGAAAUCCGGCCUGAGCAACUCUCUUUACGCGGAGCCAGACCUCCCGUGACGCGCCCUCGUUAUGAGUCAUGUGGCGGUGGAAAAUGCCCUCAGUCUAGACCAGGGGUUUGCUGGUCUAGACUUGAAUUCCUCAGACUCUCAGAGUGGAGGAGGCACAGCAAGCAAAGGUCGCUACAUUCCUCCUCACUUGCGGAACAGAGAAGCUUCAAAACAGGGAAGCUGGAGCCCAGGGGCCUCUGGCUUCUGUUCAUCUGCUGCUGACACUUCACCUUCCAUGCAAGAUUCCCCCAGCUGGGACUCUGGUCGUGGAGGUAAUGGCUAUAUGAAUGGCUAUGCCCGAGACAGCCGGAUGAAUGGCUAUGACCGUGAUCGCUGUGGGUUUGGAUCUAGAGGAGGAUCUGGACGUGAUGACAGAGGGUAUGACAGUGGGUGGAGUUCCAGUAGAGACAAGGAUGCAUACAGCAGCUUUGGUGGUCGAAGUGAUCGUGGAGCAAAAUCAAGCUUCUUUGACCGUGGAAGUGAGUCAAGGGGAGGAAGAUAUGAGGACCGUGGAAGAGGUGGUGACUAUGAUAGGAGUGGUUUUGGUGGCAGAUCUGACCGUGGAUUUGGAGGUGGGUCACGCUGGUCUGAUAAAUCUGAUGAAGAUGACUGGUCAAAACCACUUGCACCAAGUGAACGUCUAGAACAAGAACUCUUCUCCGGAGGCAAUACUGGUAUUAACUUUGAGAAAUAUGAUGACAUUCCUGUUGAAGCAACAGGCAACAACUGUCCUCCACAUAUUGAGAGUUUCAGUGAUGUUGACAUGGGAGAGAUCAUCAUGGGAAACAUUGAGCUUACUCGAUACACCCGUCCCACUCCAGUCCAGAAACAUGCUAUACCUAUUAUCAAAGAAAAGAGAGAUUUGAUGGCAUGUGCCCAGACAGGGUCUGGGAAAACAGCUGCAUUUCUUCUGCCAAUAUUGAGUCAGAUCUAUACAGAUGGCCCAGGUGAUGCUCUGAGGGCUAUGAAGGAAAAUGGAAGGUAUGGACGCCGCAAGCAGUACCCAAUCUCACUAGUUCUGGCACCAACUAGGGAACUGGCCGUGCAGAUAUAUGAAGAAGCCAGGAAGUUUUCGUACCGUUCCAGAGUCCGUCCUUGUGUUGUCUAUGGUGGUGCUGACAUUGGUCAACAGAUACGUGACUUGGAACGUGGAUGUCACUUGCUUGUUGCGACUCCAGGGCGCCUGGUUGAUAUGAUGGAGAGGGGGAAAAUUGGAUUGGAUUUCUGCAAGUAUCUAGUAUUAGAUGAAGCUGAUCGGAUGCUUGAUAUGGGGUUUGAACCUCAAAUUCGUCGUAUUGUUGAACAAGAUACAAUGCCACCAAAGGGUGUUCGUCAGACCAUGAUGUUUAGUGCCACUUUUCCCAAGGAAAUCCAGAUGCUUGCUCGUGACUUCCUAGAUGAGUAUAUCUUUCUGGCUGUUGGCAGAGUGGGCUCAACAUCUGAGAACAUCACGCAGAAAGUAGUGUGGGUGGAAGAGAUGGAUAAACGGUCAUUUUUGCUUGACCUCCUAAAUGCUACAGGCAAAGAUUCACUGACUCUGGUGUUUGUGGAGACUAAAAAGGGAGCUGAUGCUUUGGAAGACUUCUUGUAUCAUGAAGGAUAUGCUUGUACAAGUAUCCAUGGAGACCGUUCUCAGAGGGACAGAGAGGAAGCACUGCAUCAGUUCCGCUCAGGCAGAAGCCCAAUUCUGGUCGCCACAGCCGUAGCAGCAAGAGGAUUGGACAUCUCAAAUGUAAAGCAUGUCAUAAACUUUGACUUGCCAAGUGACAUUGAAGAGUAUGUACAUCGCAUUGGUCGUACAGGCCGUGUGGGAAACCUUGGUCUUGCCACCUCAUUCUUCAAUGAGAGGAAUAUAAACAUCACCAAGGACUUACUAGAUCUCCUUGUUGAAGCUAAACAAGAAGUGCCAUCUUGGCUGGAAAAUAUGGCUUACGAACAGCUUCACAAGGGUGGUGGCAGUCGUGGACGUUCAAAGAGUAGCAGGUUCAGUGGAGGAUUUGGUGCCAGAGACUAUAGAACAAGCAGCGGUUCCAGCAGUAGUAGCUUUAGCGGUAGUCGACCACCGAGCAGUCGCAGUAGUGGAGGCAGCAGAGGAUUUGGAGGUGGUGGCGGUGGUGGUAGCUAUGGAGGCUUCUACAACAGUGAUGGAUAUGGAGGAAACUAUAACUCCGGGGGGGUUGACUGGUGGGGCAAUUGAAUCUGCUUGCAGCAGACAUCCUACCAAACAAGCUAAUAUGGAAACCACAUGUAACUUAGCCAGACUAUACCUUGUGUAGCUUCAAGAACUCGCAGUACAUUACCAGCUGUGAUUCUCCACUGAAAUUUUUUUUAAGGGAGCUCAAGGUCACACGGAAACAAAAGGAACAAGCAGCCCUAUUUUGAAGGUGGUUUGAAGACUAUUGCUGUAGUCAGGAUUUAACUCCCCUCCCACCCACCCCCCCCAUCCAAAAACUGCAUUUAUAAUUUUGUGACUGAGGAUCAUUUGUUUGUUAAUGUACUGUGCCUUUAACUUUAGACAACUUUUUAUUUUGAUGUCCUGUUGGCUCAGUAAUGCUCAAGAUACCAAUUGUUUUUGACAAAAUAAAAAAUAAUGAACUUGGGCUAAAAUCAAACCUUGGCACACAGGUGUGAUACAACUUAAACAGGAAUCAUCGAUUCAUCCAUAAUAUUACAAAGAAACUUAUGCGGUAGCCUGCAUUAGGGCUUUUUACUUGCAGAUUUGGAAAAUAAAACAUCUUGAAGCAUAUCGAUGCAAUUAGUUUCUAAUGUGGCAAAACUGUACUAAGUUAAAGUUCUGAUUUGCUCACUCUAUCCUGGAUAGGUACUUAGAACCUGAUAGCCUUUAAUAAGCCAUUCCAGUCAUGAUGAGAUGAUGUAUGAAGACAUGCAUACAUUAAAAGCACUGUUUUUUGAAGUUAAUGCAAGUAAACACAGCAAUUCCUUUUUCAAUGUUUAGGCAGAUCAUUAAUUGUGAGCUAGCCAAAUGUGGGCAGAAUAUUACAGGGAAUGUUUAAAGGUCUGAUAACUUGAAAUAGUUUUUAGGAGAAUUCAUCUACUUAGACUUUUUAAAAUGCCUGCCAUAUGAAAUUGAAAUGGUAGAAUGGCUGACCAUGACAGUGACUGGUCCUCCUUAAGGGCCUGACUGAUUAUUUUUGGUCUAAUAACGCAUGCUAGUGUUGAUGUUUUUUGGUCAAGAGGGUAUGAACAGGAAGAAUUAUGCAGCAGGCUUUAUUUUAAUGCAGAUUCACAUUACUCUGUUCAAGCUGCGUGGAGAUGUUAAACUGGCUUACUGUAGACUUUGUAAAAUGGCUCCAGAAGAGUUAACAAACGAAUCUUGAGAUCACAGGUUGGAAAUGUACAUAACUGCACAAGGUUUCAAUUCUGCUAUUGAAGUGCAGUUUUAGUCAGUUUUAGUUGCAUAGGUUUCCAUUGUAUUUAUAGUCUGUUUAUGCUAAAUCUGGCCAAAGAUGAGUAUUGUCCACCAGUAAAUUGCCUCUGCCACUUGGAAUUUCUGUGCUAAAUUUUGUGGCCAGAGCAGUUAUCAACUCCUAAUCUACAGUGGCAUAGGAAAACGGCAAAAAUCUCCUAAAGUGCAAUAGAUUUUUUCAAGUGUAUUGUGCCUUGUUCUAAAACUUUUAUUAAGUAGGUGCACUUGACAGUAUUGAGGUCAUUUGUUAUGGUGCUAUUUCAAGUCUAGGUUUAGGCCCUUGUACAUUUUGCCCAUAACUUUUUACAAAAUACUUCUUUUAUUGCACAUUCAGAGAAUUUUAUAUAUGUCUUGUGUGCGUGUCCUUAACUUCCAAUCUUAUUUUGUCUCUUGGAGAUUGAAUGCAGCUUGUUUAAGGAGGAGGAAAUAGAUUCUAAAACUUAUUUGGGACCAUGGGAAUGAUAGCUGGGAAGAAAACUAUUUGCACACGACAGAUUUCUAGAUACUUUUUGCUGCUAGUUUUGUGUAAUAUUUAUUGAACAUUUUUGACAAAUAUUUAUUUUUGUAAGCCUAAAAGUGAUUCUUUGAAAGUUUAAAGAAACUUGACCAAAAGACAGUACAAAAACACUGGCACUUGAAUGUUGAAUGUCACCGUAUGCGUGAAAUUAUAUAUUUCGGGGUAGUGUGAGCUUUUAAUGUUUAAGUCAUAUUAAACUCUUAAGUCAAAUUAAGCAGACCCGGCAUUGGCAGUGUAGCCAUAACUUUCUGAUAGUAAAACAAAAAAAAUUGGCAACUUAAAAUUUAAACAUGCCAAGGUUUUGAUACACUUGUCUUAAGAUAUUAAUGAAACACUUCUAAACACUGAUGUGAAGUGUCCAGAUUCUCAGAUGUUUGUUGCGUGAGUUUUGUUUAGUUGUGUGUUUUUGUUUUUUUUUAUUUUUAUUUUUAUUUUUUUCAGUGAAUGUCUGGCACAUUGCAAUCCUCAAACAUGUGGUUAUCUUUGUUGUAUUGGCAUAAUCAGUGACUUGUGCAUUUUAGCAAGUUUUAUCAGCCAGCAAUAUUUUUUGGUUCGGAAAUAAGGAUUCAAAAUUUAUAAGCAAAGAAUGGAUUUAAACUUGCUGAAUGUAAUAAAAUAAAAAAAAAAAAUUGAACUUCAAGUCACUGUAGGUUUAGUAAUUGCUUAUUGUAUUAGUUUAGAUGCUAGCACUGCAUGUGCUGUGCAUUACUCUUGAUUUUAUUAAAAUAAAAAAGUUGAACUGCA